UGAGGCGGCAGCGGGGCCAUGGAGCUCGGGGACCGCGGCGGAGCCGGGCCGGGCCCGGGGAAACCGGCUGUGGAACGGGAAGGGCUCGAGCUGCUGCAGCACACGGUGGGCGCCCUGCUGUCGAGCUAUGGCUGGUACGUCCUGCUGGCCUGCGUCGCCAUCUAUCUCGUCGUGCAGAAGAUUUCCUCGCGGUGGGGGAUGAGGCCCAGCAGCCAGCGAGGAGCAGCUGGAGCAGACAUAGAGCCUGACAUGGUGGUAAGGAGACAAGAAGCUUUGUUGGCAUCUCGUCUGAGGAUGCAAGAGGAGCUGAAUGCACAAGCAGAAAGAUACAAAGAAAAACAAAGACAGCUUGAAGAACAGAAGCGAAGGCAGAAGAUAGAAAUGUGGGAAAGUAUGCAAGAAGGAAAAAGUUAUAAAGGAAACCUGAAACUGAGUCAGCAAGAAGCAGAAUCUGGUGCCUCCGCCUCAUCAGCAGUCCCGAAAUCUAAACCAAACAAGAAGCCCUUGCGAGGAGGUGGCUAUAACCCCCUGUCUGGAGAAGGAGGUGGAACUUGUUCCUGGAGACCAGGCCGUAGGGGCCCCUCUGCAGGUGGAUGAGGCUAACCUGCCUGGGGUCCCUUCAGCUUACCCACUGUCUGCUGCCUACAGUUUGCUGUCACACUGACUCCUUUGGGAUUUGUUUGAGCACAGGUGUUAACACAGAUUCACACCAUUUCUGAAUAUUAACAGCAGCUACACGAGAAAAAUACCUGAUCCUCUAAGAGAGGGUGAAGGAAGAAAUAAUAUCAGUGUAAUUAGUCACUUUGUUUUCUCUUUAGUGAGGAAGUAGCCUCCAGCCAGGAGGAUCAUUUGUGGUUGUGAGAGCUGGGUUCCAUGGCUGACCAUCCAGAAGUCUGGCCUCAAGCAAAUCAAUGUCUAGACCUCAGUUUACCUGCUUAACAACGAGGGGCUUCGCCAACCUUACAUGCAUGCAAUGGGAUUUACUGUGUUUGGCUGGAAGAUACAUGGGAGGGAAGAAUAUUAUCAUUGGCAGACAGGUUCAAUUUUAGAAGGAGGGCCUUUGAGGAAACCUGGAUGAACUGACAGAUGCGUUGGGUUUGCACCAGAAGCUCCUUAUUGUGGAAGAGGCUCUGUGACAAGCAGCUUUGUAUGAUGUUUUCCUUAUAAAUGGUGAACAAACCACUGAGGAUUACUGAUGCUAGGCAGCAGAUGAGGGUUUCUUGCUAUUCUUUUUAUUUUCCACUGCUUUGUAAAAACGAUACAUUAAUAUUAAAUAUAAUUGCAAACAAA